GGUUAGAACUUAUUGUUUACAAGUAGGUCGGGUGUGUUGUUUCUCUUUACCGUUUGAUAUUACAGAGGGAUAUUGGUAUCUUCAAGGACGUUGGAAGGUUCGCUUGGUUGUAGUUAUGAUCUUAACUUUUUGCCAGUUGUAGUCGGGCUGUCGGGGUCGUAGUUGCAUCACUUUUGAUGAGAUUUCAGCCGUUUUUGUUACUUCUGUCAGUAACCAAUGUUCCUUGAAAAAUCUUUGAUGAAUUGAUAAAUCCAUGGACACAUUCCUUCGAAUUAGUGGCUUGUAGUCAACCUAAGCACUAUGCAUCGAGUUUCAGAUGUUCCAGUUGUCGUCUUCAAUCCACAUUUGACGUGUAGUUUGUGCAAAGGAUACUUAAUCGAUGCUACAACAGUUGUUGAGUGUCUUCACUCUUUCUGUCGUAGUUGCAUUUUAACGUAUCUUCAGCAUAAAACGACAUGUCCAGUUUGUGAAACACUUCUACACAAAACCAAACCACACUAUGCCAUUCGUCCUGAUCGUGCUUUGCAGGCUAUUGUUUACAAACUUAUUCCAAAUCUUUUCGAAAAAGAAAUGUUGUCCAGGAGAAAAUUUUAUGAAGCUAACUUCUAGAGUCUCGGUCGUGUUGUUAAUCCCCCCGCUUCCUCAAAAAAUCAAAAGGGUGAAUCUGAACUUCUGGCGCUUACAUCCGGGCCGGUGUACAUAGUGGUCUACCUAGGGAAGCUGGAAAACCAUGAUUCCGAACCUAUGAUGUACAUGGGCUCCAGUAUCGCAAAGCAUAAAAUCGCCUGCACAUCUGUUUUGGCCACUGUAGACCGUAAGAACGUAGUUUUUGAUGCUGCUCCACUGUGUCGUGGAUCAGACUUCAAGUCAAAGUUCGGGGAUGAUCCCUUAAAACAGCCACCUACUUCGGUCCGGGCAUGUAGGCAGUAUACUGACCCUCGCACACACUAUGAGAUUUCGUGUGGCACAUCUCUUGGUGCCCAUAGUUAACCAAGCUCAUCCUUCCCUUCAUAGUCGUUCACUUAGUCCUGAAAAGCGAGGUGAUAUAUCAAUUAAUACUUAUGUGCUUCCAGAAGAAGAUCGUCUAAGUAUUGAACUUCGAUACUGGGAUCAAAAUGAAGAUAACAUUGAUGAUUCUGGUAGUAAAUUUUCCAGCCAGUCUGAUUUAUCUAUUCUCCCUCCUGUUCAACCUACAUUUUUACUUUGUCCACCUGAACUUACAGUGGGACAUAUUGAAAAGCUUAUUCGAAUGAAGUUCAACUUGAAGCCGAGUGAGCAUGAUGUUUCCGUAUUUUUUUCAGCUGAUGAUCUCUUUAAUCCUGAUCACACAUUAUCAGAUCUAGCUUGCCUUUAUGCUUGGCGUCGUCAACAACCCUUUAAAUUGUAUUUUACAAUCAAACAAGCUACAAAAAAUGAGUCUCCUGUUUUGAUUGGACCUCAGUCCCCGACGAAAGUGGGUAAUCUCAGUGAAGAGGGCAUGGAUAAAUCUAAUCUGCUUAACCAAAAUACUAAUUCUUGUUCUCUUAAACAGAAAUCUAAAAAUCUACCUGUGAAUCCUGUACGCAAAAAACAUGUGGACAAUCAUGAUUUUGAGGCAAGCAAUCAUCCUUCUGAAACCUCUGUCUCCAAUUCACAAACCUCGACAAAAUCAUCUUGUAAAAUAUCACUUCCUACUCAAUUUAUGAAGUCAAUCAGCUUAUCAUCUCCAAUGUUAAAUACUCCAAACUCUGUUUGCUCGUCUUUAGCAUAAAUUAUAUAUAUAUUUUUAAACACUAUGUAACUAGUCAUCUGACUUUUUAUCUCAUGAGCAUUUAGUAUUUCACAACACAUACAAAGGACUUUCAGGUUCACGUCUUCAAAACUCAUCAAAACUUACUCAUGAUCUCUGUACUUUAAUUUCAUUGGUAAUACUGGUCAGAAGCUAGAAUAAUAUUCUCAACAUGUGUACAUUUGUUUGCUAAGUUUUUUUUUCAGUGACGUUGUUGCUACAUAUUGUAAAUUUGUUUUGUUUUGGUUUCAUUUUAAUUUUUGUUUAAAUCAGAAGCUACCAACUUUUAAGCUGACUUUGUGUAAUUUUUUGCAGUAUUCAUAUUAUCGACUGGAAAAAUUACAUUAAAAUUGUUGCCACUGUUUAUUUUCAACUAUUAUUUGAUGGUGUUUGCAAUACUAAUGCAGUUUGUUUUAAAAAUAUUUAAUUCAUGAUUCCAUGUUUGUACAAUGCGCAACGAUCCAGUAUUUCCUGCUUUAUGACUUUGAGGGAGAUCAUUAAGAGUGGAAGAUAUUAAAGUGUUAGCUGUCUCCGACCACAGGUGUUUUGCGUUCUGUUUCCCUUGUUAAAUGGUAUAAUACUGUG